AUGACGACCAAAUCAUUCAAGCUGCUCUGCUUGGAAAAUCCCCUCCUCGACAUCCAGGGCGUUGGCGACCAUGCUAUGCUCGAAAAGUACGGCCUCAAACUCAACGACACGCUGCUCGCCGAACCCCACCAGAUGGGCCUCUACGACGAUUUGAUCCAGAACCGCAACGCCAAAUUGAUCCCUGGUGGCGCGGCCCAGAACACUGCCAGAGGUGCGCAGUACAUGCUACCCCCGGACAGUGUCUGGUACAUCGGGUGCGUGGGCGAUGACGAGUACGCAAAGAUCCUGAGGGAGAAGUGCAAGGAAGAAGGACUGCACGUCGAGUACCGGGUCGACCCCAACACGCCGACAGGGAAAUGCGGCGUCAUCAUCACAGACCACAACCGCACCAUGUGCACGCACCUCGCCGCGGCCAACGAAUACAAGCUGGAGCAUCUCCUCGAGCCGCGCAUCUGGAGCAUGGUCGAGGCGACCUCGGUGGGGUUCUACGUCGGCGGCUACCACCUAACCGUGUGCCCGCCCGCGGCUAUGGCGCUGGCGAAACACGCUGCAGAGACGAACAAGGUCUUCCUGCUGAGCCUGUCGGCCGGCUUCAUCCCACAGUUCUUCAAGGAGCCGCUGGCCGAAAUCCUGCCGUACUGCGACUACGUCUUUGGGAACGAGAACGAGGCGAAGACGUGGGCGGAAUCCCAGGGACAUCCGUCGACCAUCUCGAUGCAAGAGUGCGCCAAGCUGAUGGCCAAGCUGCCCAAGGUCAACACGAAGAGGCCCAGGGUGGUGAUUGUCACGCAAGGCACGGACCCAACUAUUGUGGCCGUGGCCGAGGCCGGGAAGGAAGAGGUGGAACUCAAGGAGUACUCGGUGCCGGUCAUCGACACGAACCUGAUCAACGACACAAAUGGUGCCGGUGAUGCUUUUGCAGGUGGCUUCUGCGCCGGUGUGGUCCAAGGCGAUUCCCUGGAAGACUGCAUCAAGAAGGGCCAUUGGCUGGCAAGGUUAAGUCUACAGGAACUGGGCCCUGCAUAUCCCCGACCGAAGCAGACAUACAAGGCCUAA